CUCCUCUCUCAACACAACUAUCAAGUUGGCACAUUAACCCAUAACUCUCUUGCUUAUAUAUCUGCAGCCAUACGUAUCACGCCAGGCUCUCAUCCGCAGGACCUCCAAAUUCCCACGAAUUCAUGCAACAUGGCCAGUGUCCGCAGCAAACUUAUUGAUUCUAUCCAAGAUCACUUGGGCGUUUCAUUCGAGAAUUCAACGCUAAUUCACGAAGCUUUCAUGGCUGCUGACGCGGUUGGCAGAGAUGGUAAUAAGGAUCUGGCUCUCAUUGGAGAUUCAGCCCUUCAACUUUUCCUACAGUCGCAAGGUCGCGCUAGGCAUGCAAGCCGCGAGCAAAUCAACCAAAUUGUCUCUCGCAUUGCCAGUAAUACGAGCCUUGCCCAGCGGGGGUUCGAACUGGGUCUUGAUCGGUACAUUUGCAAGUAUCCCUCCCAGGGCAAUUUUGUCUCUGACAAGCUAAUGGCAACUACUGUUGAGGCUAUUGUCGGUGCCGUCUUCCUAGAAACAAGCUGGGAUCGAGCAGCAUUGCAGAGAAUUGUGGAUGCAUUAGGCCUGGCGUGGCCGGAUUCUUGAGCAUAUUGAUACGCGCAUUCUAUUAGCCCGCAGAGCAAUCGCAUGUGAUCUGCAAAGCUAUGCUCGUGUAACCCACACAACGCAUUGCUCUACAGACCGUCACUUGUAAGGUUCCAUAUGACCAUUACUCGUUCAUAUGAGACGUUGCAUGCAGCCGGCUUGUUGUACAGGCCAGUAUUCCUCUGCGUGUUGUUAUGGAUAGAAGCCUGAUGCUCCAUUAUGGUUUGUAUUGACUCCAUCAGUGGAUAUUGUUAGAAAGUUCUAGCUCUGCACCAUUUGGUUCUAAC